AUGGUUGCAACCCUUCAGACUACGGCUUUUACUAGGGCUGCCCUCAUAGAUAUGAUGACGAAGGAGAUUAGACAGGAAGCUACAAAUAGAACAAUCUAUCACUAUCUCACGAAGCUCGACUUGACAUGUCUGAAAGACGAUGAAUGCACGAAGAAGUUCCGCCAACGGAUGUUUAUCAAUAUUGGAUUACGAAUCAAGAAAGGAGUGGUUGAAGAAGAGAGUUAUGUUAAUUGA